UGAGGCGGCGGAAGAGCUGGUUUUACCCCGAUGUGAUUUAAUGACGGCGCCGCGUACUUACCGGCUCCCCGAGCGGGCCGGCUGGUGAGGUGUAGGUCGAGGUAGCGGAGCUUGAGCUGCUUGGGGUUGUUGGAUUCGGAGCCGGCGGGGUGCAGGCCUCUGUUGGUAGACAGAGUCCUCGUGUGGUGCUGUAUCGAACACAGAAUCUAUGUUCCUUAGAAAACAGACUUCAGUCUGGAGGAGCUGGCUCAAUGGGCUCAGCAGAUCACAGAUUCAAUUUGGCCGAUAUCCUGUCUCACAGUUACACUCCUCAGGAAGAAGAGGAGACGCCUGAGGCAGAUAAAUCGUUUGAAGAUCUGGAAAGGGAAAGUGAUGUGCCUCUGGAAGAACUUCUAGCACUUUAUGGCUAUGAAGCAUCUGAUCCAAUCUCUGAACAUGAAAGUGACGGCAGCUCUCCCAGUGAGCUUGCUGAUAACUUGCCGGAUAUGACCCUGGACAAAGAACAAAUAGCUAAAGAUCUUCUUUCUGGAGAAGAGGAGGAUGAAACUCAAUCUUCAGCAGAUGAUUUGACUCCAUCAGUUACUUCCCAUGAGGCAUCAGAUCUUUUUCCCCACCCUCUGAGAUCUAAUUCUAUUGAAGAUGAUAAGGAACUUUCAUUAACGGAUGAGGAUUCUGAAGAAGAUGAUUCCAUUUUGUCAAAUGACUGCAAAAAGGAAAUUAUGGUUGGUCCUCAGUAUCAAGCUCCAAUUCCACCUUUUAUUAGCAGAUAUAGGCAAAAUGAAAAAGUUUAUGAUAAUGAAGACCAGUUGCUGUGGGAUCCCUAUGUUCUCCCGGAAAGACGAGUCGAAGAGUUUCUGUACAAAGCAGUAAAGAGGUCGAGAGAGGAAAAAAUGACAGAGACCUUGCCUGAAGGAAUACUUGUGAAAGAUAGUGAACAGGCUUUGUAUGAGCUCGUGAAAUGUAAUUUUAAUGCAGAGGAAGCUCUCAGAAGACUAAGAUUUAAUGUCAAAGUGGUACAAGAUGAAUUGUGUGCCUGGAGUGAAGAGGAAUGCAGAAAUUUUGAACAUGGACUUCGUGUCCACGGGAAAAACUUCCAUCUGAUACAGGCAAAUAAGGUACGAACACGUUCUGUUGGCGAGUGUGUUGCAUAUUAUUAUAUGUGGAAGAAAUCUGAACGUUAUGACUAUUUCGCUCAGCAAACAAAAUUUGGAAAGAAGAAGUACAGCCUUCACCCAGGUGUCUUAGAUUACAUGGACCAGGAUUUGGAUGGUAUUGAGGGUGAGAGUUGCAGCCGUGCUCCAAGCUCUCCACCCAUCUCCUCCACUACCAGCAGACUGGACUCUGAACAGGAGUCCAUAGUGCUUCAUAACUCAGAACAGCAAGAUGUUGAACUUGCAGUUUGCACCAUGGGUGCUGACAGCCAGAUGUUUGAGUACUGCGGUCCUACAGUGAACCGACCAGAAAAGAAUUGUUCACUGGAUCCUAUCUGUGGCCAAGCAAGAGUUGCACCCACGCACGACUGUGAUGCUGUUACUUUGGGUCAAGCAGAAUCUGGAUUUUUCCAGCUGGAACUGGAUCAAGUCAUUCUGGACAGACCAGCAUUGGAGAUGUCGACAAAAAAAUUGAAGAUGGAUUUCUCACUGCCUAAGUCGUAUAAUGAUGGGCUGCCUGACAAUCCCAGCAACGUGGAUUUUGAAAAUCACACUUCACAUAUUGCUCAAGCAAAAAUGUCUGUUGCCGUGACGAAUUUUGGAAGUAUUGAUGUUGGAGAUGUGAACAGUUUGCUCAGUGCUCAUACAUUGCACCACUCUGCAACUAUUCAGUCGGAAUCUUUAUCUCAGUGAGAGCUAGGCGUCUCACAGAAUAUUUUAUUUAUAUUUUACUUUAAAAGUUACUGGAAAACUUUUUUGGCAUGACAUCAGUGAUGUCUUAUAUUUAUUUACAGUACAUAUUUGUUUCUCAAGAGGAAGGAACCAUUUAUUUUUGGGCCCAGGUACAUGAAUGGGAUCUAAACCUUCUGGAUGUCACAUGGAGGAGACUCCACCCCCCCCCCCACCACAUUUUUACAGAACAAAACCUUUUUCAUCUGUUCAGUUUUUGUAUUCAUCUUGUCAGUGAAAUUGGAUUCAUAAUGCUAUCACCAACAAAUCUCAUUCAUGACAGUUAUUCUGAUCAUAAACAUUUUUAUUAUUGUGCAUGGUGUUUAAAGUCUAACUUUAGUCAUUUCCUACAUCUCAAGAAAUUAAUCAGUGUUCUUUUUAGAUAAAGAUGUGUGCAUUUUGUGUGUGACAGAUUUCUAGUAGUACCUUGAUUAACCAAACCAUCUGAUUGGUGAAGGAAGCUACUUUUGUGACAAAGACAAACAUGAAAUGGCUGUUCCUUUUGGUUUGGACAAAUGUGAGCUGAUUGAUUGGAGGAAACCCCAUUUCAUAUCAAUUGUUUAACUAUCUCCCCAUUGGAUCUAACUGUCAGGUGAGCCAACCUUGAACUAUUCCAGGCUGAUACAGAACAGUGAUCUGGGUGGCUGAGAGGGCACCUAAUAUUCAUUCAUUCACUACAACCAGAAUAGUACUAGGGAUUGAUGAAACUGGGUCCCAGGGACUCCAUGUACCAAACUGUGAGCCAGUUGCUGUGUGGACUUUAUGCCACUAGAUGAUGGUUUGUGGUAAUACUUUGCUGUACAUCUAGUGUUAAUAAAGGGUACUGCAUGGACCAGAAAGAAUUUGUAUUUUCAUGAACGUGAGGGUUGUAGACGUUUGCCUUUACUUAAAUAAAUCUGGCAGAUAAGAUCAACUUCCCCCACCCCAUCCUCAACCCAUCAAAUAAAAGUGCAAUUCCUCUUGGAUAGCUGCUAAGUCAAAAAGAAGCCAGUGUAUUUUCCUAGGUAUUCAUGCCGUGGUCCAAUUGGGAUGCAUUCACUGGUUACAUCCACCUUGCUGCUGGCCUGUAAACUGGUCAUUAAGCAUUUAGAACUGCCUUUAUUUUAGAAAUGCUUUUAGUUGAAGCACUUGCUGAUUUUGCAUAUCUAAAAGACAAGCUGUCAGUACUUUGCAUUUAUACACAUUGGGAGAUGAUGAUCAACCUGACAUGCGUUGUGAUUGAAAUCCUCCUCCAUAAAAUAAAGUCAAAGCGUUUUUAAAUUGUGAAACUGCAAUGUUCUUUGUGGAACACAUAGUGAGGAGUUCACUGUAUGCUGCCCUUGAGUUGCACCUUAAGACAGUGUAACAUUGAACAGCCAGGUGCUGCAAUAACGUUCACCUUUCUGCAUAUUUUAUAAAGCAAAACUUUAACAAUUUUGCACUGAAAAGGUCUAUGCACUCAAACGUUAUUAACUUGUGCAUCAUUACACUGCAGUAAAAACAAUCCUCGUGUGUUAAGGAGACUGGUUUGGUAACUGUUUCUAUUGGACUAAUAGAGACUAAAGCACAAAUUGUAUGCAUUUGAAGCCAUUUGUGCUGUACUUUUAUUUAUAAGUGGCACUGAAAAUCUUAAUGGUCAUCAGAUCACUUUACCCUCCUCCCCCGUACCACAUCAGGCACUGUGCAAUUUAUAAAUUGUUCUACAAGUUCAUCCAAAGGCCCUACUUGAUGUGAAAGGACCUCUUCAGUGUUAAUGUGACAUUGCUUGCUAUUCAGUAUUUUUAGAUUGUAAGAAUUGGCAUAUAAUUCACUAUUGUGGUUAAUAAGCCCAUUCGACACUCAAAUUGAGAGGAUCUCUCAAUGUUCAACAGUCUUGAUGUUUACUGUAGAUAUCUUAAGUUUUUCCUCUUUCUGUAGCUUUUUAAAUGUAUGCUUUACAAUCCCUUUCAUUAAGGUGUAACAUUUAAUUACUUGGUUUGAAUGUCAAUAGACUGUAGUCACUUGCCAUUGUCAAAUGACUUCCUGUAGACUUUAAUGAUAAAUGCAAACAGUAUAUCUUAAUUCUUUUGGAGAAUGAGCCCUGUGCAGAAAGUGCCUAUUAAGUUUGCACAUCUUCAUUGUUUGUUGUGUAUUGAUGUCAAUCUUGGCUCGGUGGUUCUGGGUCAGCGUUCAAACUCAAUACUAGGGCUUGAGCACAUAACCAGGCUGAGAAUUGUUUGGCAGUAAGGGAAUACUACUUUGUCCGAGCUGUUGUCUUUUAGGUGAGGCAUUAAACUAAGUUUCCAUUUGUCCUCACAUACGUGAAAGAUCUCUUCAAACUAUUCUAAGAAAAAUAGUUGAAUUCUCCUAGUGUCCCAGCCAUUAUUUAACCAUCUGCCAACAUCACAAAGACAAAUCGUUCAGUCAUCACUUUUUGGUUAAAAAAUACUACACGUAGAUGAGUUCACAAUCCAGUUAGAUCUAGCUUUACAAGAACCACAUUCUGAAAUAUUUAUUAUUUCCCUAAGUAAAGAUGAAGGUUGUAUUUGCAGUUGCAUGAAAUGCUAAGUGUGUUAAUUUUACAUUGUAACUUAAAUCCAGAAGUGCUGCCAGGUGAUAGUCUGUUGUUUGUAAAACAAUAUGCAAUUGAGCUACCCACUUCAGAAGACAACCCAGUCAGUUGUUAAUAUUCAGAUUUUGCAAUAUAAAAAUAUUUCCUACAAACUCGUGCUGCUAUCUUACAGUAGCUUUUUCAAUGUUGUCUUGCAUAAAUCAUUUAUUAAUUUAUAUCCUUAUCUAAUACUGAGAGGGGCUCUGUCUAUGGAACUCUAUCACGUCUAUGCCAAAGUUCUUUUCAAAGCUUUUUCUACAAUAUUUUUUUCUUGAUUUUAUUCCCUGCUGCAGGUAAUGCACAGUACUUGCAGGAUAGUUGCUCCCCAGCCUAUAAAUUAUUCAUUCUGCCUUUUAUGGCUCUGAGCACAAUAUUUUUAAAAAAUCUGAUGAGUGAAUCUGGAAAGAGGAAUUUGUCUAGUUUCUCCAUGCAGAGAAAUUAAUAUUAGCCCAUUUAGUAUGAAUGAGUUAGAAACAUCUUAACAAAAACUUUGCAUUCCCCUAAUAAUUUUACCACAUCAUGUUUAUUGCAAUAAGGCCCUUGAUUUCUUGGAGCAAAGUCAACUAAACCAAAGCUCUGCAGCUACAAUGGGAAAAUCUGUACUAGGAUCCUCUUGUAGUGAAAACACUUAGUUGCCAAUAAUUAGAAAUAGGAUUUGAGACAGUUAAAAUGCUAAAUUUUCUCUUGGCUUUGUGUGUUGUGUGGUCACUUCUUUGGGAACUGUAUUUUGAACAGGGAUAAAUGAAUACUAAGAGAAAUUCAUCCUUGAUUAUUAGUGUUGAACUCUGGCAAGAGAACAAUCACUGUUAAUACACACUGCCUCACACUUUGGAGUGGUAUGGAGAGGAGCACACCAGCGACAAAUGCAUUUGCAGCUGUGUAGCACUGGAAAUCAAGGUUAAAUUUCUUCUAAAAAUGCAAUGUUUUAUUUUGUGCAAGUCUGGAGCAACAGUUGAAAAUGUCCAUAUUCAAACAGCCACUUCAAAUUAUUCUAAUGAGUUUAGAUCUGUACUGUUACUACAUGAAUGAGAAUGACCUCCGCUAAAAUGACAUGGAAUUGAGAAUGAGGCAAACAAGAUAUUACGAACUGUUGAGCAGUUUAUGUACUACCACUUGUCCACAUCUUCCACUUUCUAGGAGAUGGAGUUUUUGUGCCUCCAGAUCCAUUUGGAGGCAGCCUGUGUUUAAAUGUCUGUACUGAGGUCUAUUUUCUAUACUGAUGUGCACUGUCGGCUGUUAAAUUAAAAGUUGAAGCUUUUCAUGUAGCCUAACUUUUCAACAUUUUCUCUUCCAUCAAUGCCAUUAUCUGAUUAAUACCCUUCUUAGUAAAGUGGAACGGAUCUGAUCUUUUAGAUUUUUCGAUCAAAAACCAUUUAGUUCGAACAACUGAGUUUCUUGUGUACUUUGGUAAUACCAUUUGUAAAGUACUCUGGUAAACUCUUUGGGGUAAUUUUUCUUUCACAAUUUCUUGCCCUUUCCUACUAUUUUGAUAUAGUUGAAAUGUGCAACUUCAUUUUUUAAAAAAUCAAUAACCCACAAAGACAUUCUUGUGCUGUUUUUGGUGCUUUUCCUAUGAAUAAUGUUUCCUGUCAGUGGUUGGAGCAGGACUAUUAUUUCAUUGUGCAGAAAGGACAUCUGGCAUUCAAACUUGUCCAUUCUUUAGAUUCAUGCUUAAAGCUACUGAAUGGGCAGUCAUGAUAUUUAUACUCUUGAAUUUGCUUUAUGAUUAGAAUAGUUUGAAGCAUUGUUCUGAUUUUAUUACCUUUUCCUGUUUGUGUUGUUCAUAGACCUGCUUUAAAGUUGUUGAAGUUAUUGAGGAUGACAUGUCCCCAAAGAUAAUGAUCACAUUAAAGGUUCCUCAUCUGUCAUUAAUGGGGCUGGCUUUCCUUGUUCAUUGAUAGUAUUAUACUAGCUGUUUUAUGUAUCUUACCAUAUAAUUUCUUCAUGCACUUUGUGUACAUUUUUUAAAACCUUUAUUUGCCAUUCUGCUGUUGCCUCCUUUUAUUUUCUAUUUGUGCCAUAAGUUUCCUCUGUGCAUCUGUUAACCUGCUCAAAUAGUAACAAAGAGUCUGUCUCCAAAAACAAUUAUUAAGGCUUUAUUUUGAGGAGAGGAAAAAAAAGAACAAUCUUGUAGCAAAAUGGGCAAAACAUUUUGCAAUUUGUUCAAGAAUUUAUUUUUCUAGAGGAGGGGGUGGAAAGAAAAACAAGGGUAGGGAGCGAACAUGAUUACAUUUUUACCUCUAUCUGCCCCAGCACCAAUAUUUUUCCAUUUGUUAUGCAGGUAAGUUCAAAGCUAUAUUAUUGUAGCUCAGUAAUAAGCAAUUAAGUCAACAAAUCUGAUUAACAUUGAGGGGGACUUGCUGCAUUUCACAUUGAUCAACUCUAGGUGGCCAGUUGAAGAGCUGAACUUGAUUGGAGGGUAUAGGUGGGGAAGAAAAUGUAUGUUGUUGAGUAUCAUUGGGGCAAAAGCUACCCAUGGAAUUGGCCAGGCAAGCGCAAAAAAAAACAAAGCUAUUGAGUUGGAUUGUAUCAGUUGUUGCAAACCUUGCUAAGUUUGUAUUUCCAAAACUAAUAAUGGCUACUUACAGUUGCCACAAGCUUCAUUUUUAAAAAAAACUACAAUCGUAGAUGCAAUGGAUAGAGGCAGCAAUAAGUUACGGUUCCUGAUGUAUUAUAAUAAGAAAGAAUGGGUACUCAUUGUGUAGUAUAACCCUGAACUAAUAGCAGAUGUAUUUUUGUGAGAAUUUCCUACAGGAAUGUUGAGUUACAAUGCGAAUGAACUUAUAAUACUGUGGCAUUGAUAAUUAAUGGUACAAUAACCAGCUAUUUAGGUGGUGGCUGCAUAAUAUCUGCCAGGCGUUUCUGUUAUACAGUAACCUGAUACGCUUUGUCAUUGAUGGACUGAUUUGGAAGAUAAAUGUAGUAUGUAUAUUUGUAUGUUUUUCAGCCAUCUAUUUUAAUCUGCAGUCCUUUAGAUACAUAUAUCUGAAUGGCAUUGAAACCAUUCACAGACCUGAUGAAUUUUUAAUAGACUUAACAUCAGCCUAAAUGCAUCUGAUCAAAUCUACAUUGGGUUUUAAGACAGAAGUGGUUAAAAUUUACUAAUCUGUGUAUACCAUAUCACUCAGACUUCUGAUGGAUUGAGAAAACGGUGCUUGUCAGUUCAGUAGACAAAAAUAAGGAUGUGCUUUCUGUUGUAAUGGGCAUUAUGAAAAGCAACCUAAUUAUUUAGCUGCAAUCAUCCUAACCCUUUGUAUUUUGGAGUUCUAACCAACGUUAAUCAGCCGUGUAGAGAGAGGAAUUUGGAUGCAUAUUGCAGUCCAGAGUCUGAGGGGAAUGUACUUCAGAAAAAUGAGAGUUGUUACUGAUAUUUUCUUCUCGAUGCAUUUUGGCUGUUCUUGGGUAUUGUAACCAAGAACACAAGUCAAGCAUUUUGCAAGUGCAGUACAUCAUGAAGAAGUGUUACAUGAUCCGCAACUGUACUAAUUGAAGGGAAGUGUUUACUUGCAAAUGAAACUAUUAAAUGGUAGUUUUAGAAGAAAGUAAUCUGUCAUGCUGCUGCUACUGUUUCAACCUGUUUCUUUGCAUUCUUUUGCUAGCUCUCCUUAAUGCUCAGUAAUUGUACAUCACAAACUUUAUUUCACAAGGUGUGUACAAAAUGAACAAAAUCUGUUCAAUCUUGUGCUUUGUUUUGGGUUACAAAACAAAAUCUUGUAUUUGGAUAUUUUGCCAAUUUUCCCACAUCCUUUUGUGUAUUUAUUUUCCUUUUUUCUUAAUUACAGCUGCUGGUGUCAAUCUCUUGCACUUGGUCCAGUUCAGAGUAGUUAAUGAACCAAAGAUCAAGGCUGGUUGAAUAGUUCCAAGUGCAAUUUUUGGUUGUAAAUGUGUUUUUAAAAUCAGGUAUGGAAACUAAUUAUGCCCCUAUACUUUUUGGUGUAUCUUGCAUGCAUACUGAUUUUUUUUUCAGUUUCCUUUCUCCCAUGGUCAUUGAGCAUAUUAACAAAUGCAUGUAAACCAUUUGAAUCUACUAUUCACAGAAGUAAGAAUAUUUAAGAUUAUCAAUUAAAAAAUGACACGACUCCCUCAAAAAGGAAGCAAUUUGAUCCAGUGAGUUAUUCAAAUAUUUUGUUCUUAACUGAUUGACCUACCACCAAGCUACUUGCAUAGGUGUUCUGGAAUAGGAGGCCAAAAAUGGUCAUGCUUUCUACUUUUGAUGCCUGUAAACCAAAAAGUGCAAAAUCUGGGUGAGGACAUACCCUUACAGAUUGAACCUAUCAUGCCCUCACUCAGAUUUGCUCACUCAGGUGAGGUUUACAAUGCCAUUUUGCAACUCUGAAAUUUAUCUGGGAAUGGAGGGAGUGCAGUUCCAUUUGAUUGUAUUCCAUGGUUUUAUUUUACAUGUACUUUUAUUCAGAGACAUUUAAACCAUGAGUGCAUGUUUUUAAAAAUUGCAUUCAUUAUUUGAUGUUUAGUGAUCAUCACCCUUGAUAAAGAUUUUUUUAACAAAUGAGUUUUCUUUCAUGAUUUUUCAAAAAAUUGCAUUAAGGAUGACAAAUGAUAUGUAUGCAUUCUCCGGACCAUGUUUUGGGAAUAAUACAAAUGGGUUAAAUGUGUUUGACAUGGUAAUUUUUUUUAACUUUGAAAUUGAAAAUAAGCCCUGUUGCUAUUUGUGCAGAUCUAUUGUCAAGAAUCAAUAGAAAUAUGCCUUUUUUAACCAAAAAAAAGUGAGUGGAGAAAGUCUGUAUGUAUCUUUAACACUGCAUUCAUGCAUGUUACACGUAUGUGACUUUGGUAUGGGAUAGAUUAAGGAUCUGGUGUUGGAUAGCCAAUACACAUCUGUAAAUUGCAACACUCCUUGUAUGAGACUCCCCUCAUUACUCUCUGACUCCUACAGCUUGGCACAAAAAGUCCAAAAUGCAUAUGAAAUUCCUGUUGUAAAGAAGAAAAUAGUGGUAAAAUAUUUUUGAUGUUUCUUUGUAAAUAUUAACAAGACUAUGAUGCUGUAAUGUUAAAACUUCUGUAGUUUGUAUGUUGUAGAUUUCCUGAACUGCCUGGAUUAUCUGAAAGAAGCAGUCUGCUGCAAAGUAGGAAGUAACCACUAGAUGGUGAAACAUGUUUAUUUUUGUGGUCAUUUAGCUGGAGAAGUCUACACUACACUUUAUAUGCUGAUAAUGGAUAACAGCUUUCUGCGCCUGUAGGAUUUUAUUGUUGGACAGUAAAAGAACUUCUGUGAGCAUUCACUUUUGCAAAUCUGCACAGGCUGAUUUCCAGAGAUCUGUUUUUAUAUUGCAUAGUAUUUUAUACUUCUAUUGAGAAUAAUUUGCCCAUCGUAUACACCUUGAGAUAAAUUUGUACAUGUCAGUAUGUCCAUAUCAGUACCACUUUUUUGUGUGGACAGGUAUAGUAACAUCCUUCAUUGCAACAUAUCCCAGGUCUUUCAUAGAUUUGAUGUUUUACAAUAUUUCAAAUUUUGAAUUGCGGUGCAAUGUAAAUUGUCAUUACAUUUUAACCAGCUUUUAAGAAGCCUGCAAAACAGUUAAUCUCUCAGAGAUUAAAACCCACUUAGUUCAGGAAAAAAAAACAAUGCUAUUAAACAUUCCAGCAGGCAUUAUUUCCUUUUGUGUAAUUAUUAGGUUUUGGUGUAAGUUUAAAAUUGACCUGAAUUGAUGUCUAAUAAGUACAUUGUGAACUAUUUGAAAAAAAAUUAUUAAUGUAGUUACAUUUGCACAAUUACCAAUUGCCCAGCAUUUUGAGAUUACUGUGUAAUAUAUUAACAACCUUUUUAAACUUUCAAAAUGUUGAGAAUUUUAUGCAAAUACAGAAAUCACCGUCACUUUAUCUGUCCGGCCCAACCCGUUUUGGUCUGUAAUGAUAUUGUAGCCAUAAUGAACUCCAAACCCAAAAAGUGAAAAUCUAAUACAGUGGUGAAAGCAGGUAUCUUGCAAGUAUUUAAUGUCUUCAUUUUUACCUCGUAUUGAAUUUAUUCUUAUGACGAUUGAUUUGAAAGAUUCUCAGCCCAUCCUUUUCUGAAAUGGCAUUCCAUGAAAAUGCAAAGCAAGUACACUGGCCGUAAAUAAGUGUUUGUAAUUUAAUAAUGAAAAUAAUUGCAGUGUUGAGUUAUGUGAGAGACCAUUUUGUUUUUCAUACAUAGCUAAUCUUAAAACAUUGGUGCUCUUGCAAUAGUUAGAAUAGGAACAUUGUUUUCAUUCAGGGCAUAAUGAUACAAAUAUUGAAAUAUAUGCACAAAUUGGGAAGAGAGAAUGCUGUCAGCUGAAGGCAGAAGCUUAUGGGAGGGUUCAAAACAUCUUUGUGUUAUAUUCAGCAUAUGUAGUGUCCAUUCAUUGCAAGUGUGCCUUUUGAAUGAAGGUCACUUGUUAGGUUGUAUAUUGAGUUUUUUGAACAGAUCAAAGGAAAAUAUCAAAAUGUGUUCUAAUAGUUUAAAACCACUUUAAAAGUGGCAAAAGUGAACACAUCUGAACAUUUGAGUUGUAGGAUUUUUGUACCAACAUAGAAUGAUGCAUUUUUCAAAAUAUCAUGGUGGUAUUUUUAGUCAGUGCUGGACUUACCCCAUCAAAGGAAAAUAUCAAAAUGUGUUCUAAUAGUUUAAAACCACUUUAAAAGUGGCAAAAGUGAACACAUCUGAACAUUUGAGUUGUAGGAUUUUUGUACCAACAUAGAAUGAUGCAUUUUUCAAAAUAUCAUGGUGGUAUUUUUAGUCAGUGCUGGACUUACCCCAUCAAAGGAAAAUAUCAAAAUGUGUUCUAAUAGUUUAAAACCACUUUAAAAGUGGCAAAAGUGAACACAUCUGAACAUUUGAGUUGUAGGAUUUUUGUACCAACAUAGAAUGAUGCAUUUUUCAAAAUAUCAUGGUGGUAUUUUUAGUCAGUGCUGGACUUACCCCACCACAUGCUGCCCUCUAUGCCUGAAUGGAACACAAGGAUAUAAACCUGAAUUAUGGGAUUUUUGUUUGCCACCUGAAAGCUGGUUACAAGUGUUAGAAACCUGAAUGAAUGUACUUGGGGAGAGAUUAGAAAUCCCUUGUUAAUUUUAAGAAAAAAAAUCAUUGAUUUUGCAUUUGCUGGUUUUCAAUUGUGAGAAAAUAGUUCAAUAACUUGUAGGUACCAGUUUUGAAUGCAAAGCUCCUCAUUUCUAGAGACUUUUUUUGUUUUCAUUUUCUGUCAUCUGUAACGAGGUUUGAAAGAACGUCCUUUUGGAGUCUGUAAAGGUUAUCGUGAGAAGUGAUCUGAUGUAAAUUACUAUAAGUUUGACUUCAGAACUGGUGCACUAAACUUAUCUAUCCCAAGUGAAGUCUCUUGAAAGACCUUUAAUUCCAGAAAUUGAAUUAAAUCUGUUUGCAGUGCCUGCAAGCCAAGUGAUGUCAUGUGACAACAUAAUGUUUAUGUAUAGCCAGUCUCACCAUAUUUGCUUGUUGCUAAUUUAGCUCAAGUGUUUGUAUGAGUGACUGCUGUGCAUGGACUGUGAUUCCAUCCUGAUUUUCACGAACAGAUUUGAAAAGGCUAGCUAUGUAACUACUGGCUGUGUAUGUGUGAAGUGUAGAGUAUUAAAAUGCUGGGUCUUAAAUUGGCUAGGUACUGUAAUUCCACAAUAUGUCAAUCUGAUUUAAUAAUAUGUCCCCUAAGUAAUCUUCUUUCAUUAUACCUGUUUUCAUUUUAUAUGGGAAUAUUUGUAUUUAACAUUCUUAAUGUACUGCUGACAUUUUUGUUUCUUGAUUUGGUAAAAAUAGUUGAAAGUAAUGCAGACUUCCCUCUCAAUGAUUGACCAAUUUAGUAUUGUUUGUCUCGUGUGAAAACCUUAUGUUUGUCAUUUUGUACAAUACAA